UUUCCAAAAAACCAUUUGAAGGAAGGGAAGUACUAAAAGCAAAGGAGCAGAAAGCAAGCGCUUCAGCCCACAUGAUAUUGACAAGUGCAGCUCUCUACUUUCUGUGGAGACUUGGCUCAGCCCCUGCCCGUGAGACCAGCAAGCUUUACCAACACCUCCAAUGGCGGGGGCUGGUGAAGGUGAGGCUGAAAUGGGUGAAGAACAGAGGCCUCGACCAUAUCAUAGACAGAGAGACCGAUCUCAAAGCUGCUUGUCUCCUCAAAGAGGCAAUUAAACGAACGUCCACCGGCUUCGUCACCGCCAGGUCUCUCUCCGACUGGCAGAAGCACCUCGGCCUCACUGUUCCCGUUCUACGCUUUAUCCGCAGGUACCCAACUCUCUUCCAUGAAUUCCCUCACUCUCGUUAUGCCAGCCUCCCUUGCUUCCGCCUUACCGACACAGCUCUUGUCUUGGACGCACAAGAACAGAGUAUACACGAAGCCCAAGAGGCUAAUACCGUCGAAAGGCUCUCUAGGGUUUUAAUGAUGUUCAAAAGCAAGGCGAUUCCCUUCAAAUCGCUCCUCCCUUUGAAAUGGGAUUUGGGUUUGCCUGAUAGUUUCGCCGCCACAAUAGUUCCGAAAUACCCAGAUCAUUUUCGUAUCGUUAAGUCGCAGAACGGGCUUUCGUCUUUGAGCCUUGUUCGAUGGAGAGACGAAUAUGCUGUAUCCGCAUUGCAGAAGAGCAAUGAGACUGAAGAAUUGAGUGAUACGUAUCGGCAAUUUAAGAAGGGUAAAACGGCGUUGGCAUUCCCAAUGAGUUUCCCAAGGGGCUACGGUGCACAGAACAAGGUGAAGGCUUGGAUGGAGGAUUUUCAGAAGUUGCCAUACUUUUCACCUUAUGAGGAUUCCUCACAGAUCGACCCAAAUAGCGAUCUUAUGGAGAAACGGGUAGUCGGGGUUUUGCAUGAGCUUUUGAGCUUGACUAUUCACAAGAAGACUCAGAGGAACUACUUGAGAUGCUUGAGACAGGAACUGAAUCUACCUCACAAGUUUACUCGGAUUUUUACGAGAUACCCAGGGAUAUUCUAUCUCUCUUUGAAGUGCAAAACGACGACUGUGGCAAUAAAAGAAGGGUACCAGAGAGGGAAGUUAGUUGACCCACAUCCCCUCGCCCAAAUAAGGGAAAAAUAUUACCACGUCAUGAGGUCUGGGGUUCUCUAUCGGGGUAAAGGUGUGCAUUUGAUUCCAGAGAAAGAGGGUCUGGUUAAUGGUGAGGUGGGUGGGAUUGAAGAACCAGAUUCGGAGGAGGAAGGUGUUGAGACAAGCGAUGAAUGCUAUGAGGAGGAUAUGUCAGAGGUUGAGGUGGAAUCUGAGGAGUCGUCUGAGGAGGAAUAGCAAUUAUCUGAAAAUGUUUUAACAGGACAGCUUGUUCCUAGGAAUCUUAGUCAACUCAACCUUGCAAGCUAUGAUGGCUUUGUUACUGAAAGCAUAAGAGAGGUUUUUGGAAAUUCAGUACAAGGAAAAAUGGUCUGCGUCUGCAUUCUGCCACUAAAGAAUUUGCUCUAAGCUAGUCUUAUCUAAAU